AUAAAAGGUGUGGCAACUCUAGUCAACGGUCAUUUGGCAUUGCUACUUCGUACAGCGGUGACAGAACGCAUGCACAACUUGUACUUCCGGAAUAAGAAUUUCUUCACUGUGAAUCAACUAAUGGAUUUGGAUAAUCCGGACCAACGUCUUACUCAAGAUAUCGGAACCUCGUGCACUCUUGUCUCCGACAUUCUACCGUUGUUUUUGAUCAAUCCUAUUCUGGUGGUAGUGUACACAUAUCUAUGUGUCAAUAAUUUUUUCCACACACAAGUGAGAACGUCUGCUGAAGGUGCCGCGUUCCUUGAUGUUGGUCGAUCUGAGCACUACUUUGCCAGCACUGCACUUUGGCGUAUGCUGCAUGCUUUCCGAGUCAGUGUGAAUCGCCAACCGGUUCUCUACUUCUUCACGGAGCUCAGUGCCUAUACAGGUUCCAUCUUAAAUUAUGUGGCCAUUGGAAUCGCUUUGUUCGGCGGAUAUUUCGGUGACCCAUCUGCGGCCGAAAUAACAAACAUUAUUAGUCAGACGAGUUUUUUCUUGCUCUAUUUGAUCAAUAAGUUAACCACUUUGGUUGAUUUGGCCAAUAAAAUUGCUCAACUGGUUGGUGUCGGAUAUCGUGUGGUUGCACUGGAGGAAAAUAUGUUGAAAUACAAGCACCUCACAUCUCCAGCUGCUUACGCCGCUGAAAAACAGUAUUUGACAGACUGGGUCGACGUCCAGGAAAUAAUGCCGGCUCUGCCUUCCACUCGAAUUGACCCCAAUCUCCCAAAUGUGGUAAUGCAAAUAAACCAUAUCACAGUCGCUCUACCCAUGGACAGGAAUUGUGAACUAGUUCAAGAUCUCUCUAUUACUCUUCAGCUGAAUCGCUCAUUACUCAUUACCGGCCCAAGUGGAGUCGGAAAAACCGCAUUGCUCCGUGUUCUGGGGAAGCUGUGGCCUGCGGUGCCCGCUAUCGGUCAGUCCAAUGAAUCCAGCUUUUUCUACCGCUCACCUCGUAUACAACAGCUACUGGUCCCGCAACGCCCGUUCGUCCCAUCUGCAUUCGCAUGCCCGUACGAGUUGUUCAACGUGUUGGAAGAUGAGCUGGAUCAUGAAACGAUCGAGUACACUCUAUCACACGGGUCCAGUGCAUCGUUCCGUGCUUUGUAUUUGGCCUAUCUGUUACUCACAGCGGCCGAAGCACCACCGGAUGUGCAAGAGGAUUGGAAAAAGACAUUCCAUGGGACUGAAAAGUCACCAAUUGGAGAUUACAUGGAGGCUGGCUACAAUCGUUACACAGAUAAUAGCGCGGUAUUUUGCGGUUAUCGUGUGAAUGCUUAUGUGGAGGCUAUGAAGCUGCUGGUGGAAUUCAAACUGACAGAUUCUGCGACUGCCAAGACCGUGACAGACCGGUUAAUCAGGCUGAACGAUCUAAGUUCGAACGGAAAACGAACGGAUGUGUGCAAACUUGGUCGUUUUGGAUGCAAUACAGUGGUACGCGAGUACGACUUUGCCGGAGGCGAAUGGCGUAACUCUUAUUCUCCGGGCGAAAUGCAACGGGUUGUUCUGGCCUCUGUGUGCUAUCGUCGUCCUCAAGUGGCCUUCUUGGAUGAAUCAACCAGUCAGCUGAGCGCAUCUGCCGAAUGUGAUGCGUAUGAAAGUUUGAGAAAACGAAAUAUUACCGUAAUAUCGGUUGGACAUCGUUUGAGUUUAAGACAAUUCCACUCAGAAGAGUUGAUAAUUACUCCGGCCAAUAUUCCAAUCAAUCGUGGCGGCUUGCCACCACAUACCGUCAAAGCUUCCGGACCGAAUUGGGAACACAUUGUCUACGAUUAUCCGGAGAAGUCCUGA